CUCAAAAGGCACAACAUAAAUCCACAGUAUCAGACCACAACAACAAAAGCAAAGCAUCUUCUUUUGCCUCCACUUUCCUUCUCUAUCUCCCCCAGAAAUAAACACAAAAACCCUUCCCAGCAAACAAAAAUAAAAAACAGUACCAGAAAAUCACUGUCGCCAACAACCCCAAACCCCUCUAGCUCCUUUUAUUACAAGAAGCAGAGAAACCCAAGUGCAACGUCACAAUUUCAGACGACGUAUCAUGGAUGAAUCUGACGAGUACCCUAAAGAGCAUUACGGCGGCCAAACAUCCAUGUCGUCCUCAUCAACCACAAGCGUCCACGUCACCGCCCUGGACGGCCUGGUCAACGUCAACUCCCUCUUCACCAUCGCAGUCUUCGUGGGCCUGUCCCUGACCGUACCGGGACAAAGGAGCCUCGAGGACCGGACAGCCUGCGACGCCAGCAAUGACGUGGCGAAGAAGCUUCUGGUGUUCGAGGUUGUCUCCUUCAGCUUCUUCCUCUUCUCGUCUCUGGUCGCCCAGGGCCUCAAGCUCGCCAUCAACUUGCUUAACAGCAAGGAAGUCGACGAGGCCUUCCGGGCCCACAUCAACCUCAAGGUGCUGAGGUUCGGGAUGUUGGGGUCGGCCUUCGGAUCCGUCAUGGGUUGCAUCUUUCUCAUGUUGUCGAUGGUCAAUGUGAUCCAGAUCCGGUUGGGGAUGUUGUCGUGUGGGAGCAAAUCUACUGUCCACUCUGUUGCGGCUCUUAUCGUUUUAGUCUCUACGGCGCUCUUGGUCUAUCUCUCUACUGCUAUCUAUGCUUUUCUUCACUAGCAAAACCCCAGUUUCUUGUUCAAUUUUCAUAAAUUUGUAUACCCAGUUCAGGGUUUAUGGGUUCUACAUAAUUUGGAUUGGUCAGACCAAACAGAGUACUAUUCUGUGUCC